AUGGCAAUCAUAAACAAUUACAAUGUAGAGGUAGUAGAGAGAGAAAUUGUGUUGCCUGCUCUACCAGUGCAAGAGCAUGUUCUUCCUUUCAGCAACAUAGAUCUAACAAUCCCUGCUGUUGGCAUACAUGUUUUUUUCUGUUAUGAAAAACCCUCCAAGACUUCUUUUACGUCUGUUGUGUCUAAUCUCAAGAGUUCUCUCUCCAAGGCCCUUGUGUCUUUUGAUGCUUUUGCUGGAAGAUUGGUCACGAAUGGUGUUGGGGAAACAGAGCUGGUUUGCAAUAACAAGGGUGUUGAAUUUGCAAAAGCUUAUGCACUCACUUCUCUUGAUCAGGUGAAGUUCUACAACCCCAUUGCAGCUGUGGGCAACAAGCUUGUCCCUCCUACUCUUGCAAAGGAUUCGCAAGGACAUGGAACUCCAGUUUUCUCUGUUCAGGUGACAGAGUUUAGCUGUGGUGGGAUAGUUGUAGGUUGUACAUUCAAUCACAGGGUUGCAGAUUCAUUCUCUGCCAACAUGUUCUUUACACACUGGGCAAAUAUUUCUAGAAAUGAGCCAAUUGAACCCAUAACCCCAAACUUUACACGUUCCAUUUUGGUCCCUAGAGAUCCUCCAUAUCAUAGUUCUGAAUUUGAAAAAAUAUAUAUGAAACUGCAACCUUUACAACAACCCAUCAAGCAAACCCCUGAACCCGCCAAGGCCAGUAGAAUCUAUUACCUUGGUGCCAAAGAUAUAGAAAAGCUCCAACUCAGUGCAAACAAAGAUGGCAAUAACUAUAGCAAAUUAGAAGCUUUUUCUGCUUAUUUUUGGAAGCUGUUAAUACAAGUCCUAGACAUAGAGGGCACAAUGCAUUGUCAUAUAGGCAUUCCUAUAGAUGGUCGCUCUCGUCUGAAGAAGAUGGGAAUGCCUGCUAACUACUUUGGAAAUGUUGUAUUAACCUCUUUUGCUGUGGCUAAUGUUGGUAACAUCAAGAAGGAACCACUCAGUUGUGUUGCAAAGCUAAUCCAUGAUGCAAUAUAUAGGGCAGCAAAUGAAGAGUAUUUUCAAAGUGUAGUAGAUUUGGUCGAGAUGUCCAAGCCAUCAACUGUGGCUGCGAGGGCAUUUGUACAAAGAGAUGAACCAAUACUUGUGGUGUCUUCUGGGCUGCGUUUUCCCUUAUAUGAGAUUGAUCAUGGGUGGGGAAAACCCAUUUUAGCAAACUACUAUUUACCUUUCUCUCGAGGCUACGUGAUGCCAACCCCUAGUCCUCAUGGAGAUGGUAGUUGGCUAAUAUAUGUGAACUUCCUUGUCGAUCAGUUGAAAGCUAUGGAAUCCCACCCCAAUUUCACUCUCCACAAAAUCUGA